AUAUUACAUUAUUAUUUUUAAUAAGCCGUGUGUAAAGAUGCAAAACGAGAAACGUGAAAUAUCUAUUGAACAUGAUAAAGAAAAUGGUUUGUGUGAGAAUAACGUUCUCUCAACAACAUUGGAGGUAGCUGUGAAGAAUAUUAUAAAGAGAGAGGGAUACUUGACUCAUGUAGUGAAUGAAAGACGUCUACCGUUAGAUGGAGGGAAUUAUAUGGCAAAAUUGGCAGUGGUCAACAUAAAGGGGGAAACUGCUGAUGGAGAUAAAGAAAUUGAUAUUUUCGUUAAAGAAAUCUUACCCGAUGACGUCAAUGGUUUCUUUUUAGCAUCUAAUUAUCAUUUGAAUGAAUUAUACGUAUACAGGGAACCGUUGAAAUAUUUUCAAAAAUUUCAAGAAGAUGCCGGAAUACCGAUCGAGGAUCGGUACAACAUUCCGAAGUUCUACGAGGAGAGUAACUCUGAGUUUAUAAUUUUGGAAAAUUUAGCAAAACAAGGAUUUACUACUGUCGACAGGAUGGAACCAAUCACUUUGAGUUUUGCAGAGCACGCAGUGCGACAGCUUGCAAAAUUCCAUGCUUUAUCGUUCGUACUGAAAAGUAAAUGCCCAGAAUAUUAUGAUAAGAGGAUAAAAUCCCUUAAAUUAAAUAUGAACUUUAACGAUAAAUGGAAAAAGUUCAUGAAAAAUAUAUAUACAGCGACCACGCGUGAUUUGUGCGGUGAUGCGAAAAAGAAAGCUGAAUCCGUUUUUCCAAAUGUAUUGGAGAGAUUACCAAAAUUUUUACAAGAGGAAGGUUCUAUUGGAUGUCUAUGUCAUGGUGAUUUUAGAGCUAAUAAUAUUUUAAUGAAAGUAAACGAUGGAAAAAUAGAGAAAUUAAUACCUGUUGAUUACCAAGUAAUACACUACGCGAAUCCAGUUACCGACUUAGUAUACUUAAUAUUCUUAGGUACAGAUCAAAAAUUCAGAAGAGAUCACUUGGAAAACAUUAAAAACUUGUACCACGACACGAUGGCAAGGUUCCUGAGAUACUUCGACUUGAACGUGGAGGAUUAUUUUCCGAGAGUAGAAUUUGAGAAGAUUUAUAAAGACACAUUAUAUUACGGAUUCAUUACUGCAACUUGGCUGCUACCAUUCAUAUUUGCAGAUCAUGAAGACCUUCCUGAAGUGAAAGGGGUGGUGGAAAAGGUAGACUACAAGGUGGAUAAGAGAAUGAAGUGUAGAAUACAGGGAAUCUUCGACGACUUUAUACAAUGGGGUUAUUUGUAAUUAAAUUAAUUACGUUUUUUUUUUCAAUGGAUGAUAAGGAAAUGGUAACCCCGCCUGCGCUAACGGUAUACGCUGGCGGGGCACCAGUGAAGGAAUACACCUGGAAUUGAGCACGAUGGUUUCCAGGGGUACCAUGUGAAGCCAAUUAAUUAUAUGGUAGUUAGGUAUUAAUUAAAGUUAUAAGUUUUGGUCAGAUGGCCUUUUCAUAAUUGGAUGAAAUUUGAAUGAUAACCCUGCUUACGCUAUUGGUUCAAGCUGGCGGGGUACUAGUGAGUGAUAAUAGGCAAGGAUGAAGUCAUAUGAUAAAAUAAAAAUUGCUGACUGUUACUUAUGUAUAUGCGUAAACACUAUGGUAGAUAUCAUUAGUUACACUGUGACGCCCAUUGCACCUCUUAUAGAAUAUUAUUCCUGUGUUGAGUUGUACUUACACAAUAUUUAUUUGUUAAGUAAAUUACUAACUAUAAUAAUACAUACAAGUUUGUGGAUAAAUUAUUAAUAAAACAUUUGUGUAUAAAAAAAGUAUUUAAAAAUGCAAAUGUUUUUAUAGGGAGAAAGCGAACACAUGUUUUUAGGUUCAUAUAAAUGUAAUAUAUAUAUAUAUAUAUAUAUAUAUAUAUAUAUAUAUAUAUAUAUAUAUAUAUAUAUAUAUAUAUAUAUAUAUAUAUAUAUAAACAUACACAUGUAUAUAUGUGUAUGUGUGUGUGUAUACCUUUCAAAAAGCUUUCGUAUCCAUUUUUAGUAUUUAUUGAAUAAAAGUAUUUUGAACUUGUAAAUAAAUGAA